AUGGAUCCUGAUAAACAACAGGUGGACAGUGCCCACGUGGAAUCCACGCCGGUCACGACGGGCCUGGAAGAUGCAAAGCUCGCACAGUCCAGGGCAAUGCAGAGCCGAGAGCAUGACAUCUCCAUGAAAAUCGCCAUUUCUAAAUACUGGAGGUCCACAGGCUACUGCAUCUUCUUCUGCAUGUCUGCAGUCCUAUGGGGCUACGAUAUGCAGGUCAAUGGCGGCCUUCUUGCAGCGCCCCAAUUCCGUGCUGUCUUUGGAUACACGCUCCCAGAUGGCGAGACCAUUCUUCCUGCAAGAUGGCAAGCUGCCUUCAAUAUGAUUGCGACGGUGGGCGGCAUGAUUGGAAGUCUCCUGUGCGGGCCUCUCUCGCUUCACAUCGGCCGAAAGCUGAACUUGGCUCUCGCCUGCGUCAUAUCCUCAGGUGCCAUCUUCUUGCAGUUCUUCGCCUUCCAUCGGGGAGUUCUCCUCGCUGGAAAGCUGGUUAAUGGCAUUGCACUUGGCAUGUUCCUUGUCACUGCCUGCGCCUACUGCUCCGAGUCCAGUCCUGUCGCGAUUCGAGGUCUCACGACCGCCCUGGUGAACUUUUUCGUCGUGAUUGGCCAGUUGCUGGGGAACUGUCUGAUCAAAGCCUUUGGGGAUAGAUCAGACACAUUUGCCUAUCGAAUCCCCUUUGCCUUCCAGUGGUUGUUCCCGUUGCUUCUAUUCUCCGGGGUGUGGUUCUGCCCCGAAUCUCCCUACUGGUAUGUCCAGCGAGGCCGGAUUGAAGACGCCAAGAAGUCUCUUGAGAGAUUCCAGAUUGGCGGAAAUGUCGAUCAAUGGCUCUAUGAGAUCCAAGAGACCGUUCGAAUGGAAGAAGAAUCGGCAAACUCGGCAGGUUACAUUGAUUGUUUCCGAGGGACCGAUCUCCGUCGAACACUGAUUAUCUUCGGCGUCUGGACAAUCAACUCUUUCAGUGGCGUUAAUUUCGUGUUGAGCUACUCUACUUACUUCUUCGAGAUUGCCGGUCUUCCGACCUCCCGCUCCUUCGAUAUGGGCGUGGGUGUGACUGCUGUUGGUGUGAUUGGAAACAUCUGCUCGUGGUAUGUCAUCAACGUUAUUGGAAGACGGUCUCUCGUUCCAGGAAUGGCUGUUUUGACGAUCAUUGUAUUUGUAAUUGCCAUCCUGGAUGUCGUCCCGGGCUACAACCACUCGAUCGCUUGGGGCCAAUCCGCUCUGAUCAUUGUCUGGAACUUCUUCUAUGACCUCACUCUUGGCCCGUUGGGAUACGUGAUCUGCGGAGAGAUGUCUUCGACUCGGUUACGGUCUCAUGUAGUGAGCAUUGGCUUCUUCACGCAGAACCUGUGGACGCUGGUUAUGACCAUCACCGUGCCCUAUAUGAUCAAUCCCGACGAGGGAAAUCUCCGAGGCAAAACUGGCUUUAUUUUUGGUUUCUUCUCCAUAAUUGCCACCGUCUGGACUUACUUCUAUCUGCCCGAGACGAAGGGCCGGUCUUUUGAGGAGCUUGAUCACCUGUUCGAGCAGAAAAUCUCUGCUCGCAAGUUUCAUGCUUAUCGUCGGAGAACGGAGGAAUGA